AUGCUGUUCCACGCUGCGACGGUCAAGUCUGAACUCUCCCCAUCGCUCGCCUCGAUUUGCUUUUGCCCUUGCCGCGGCGCAUGGAAGCGACUGGUCGACGUCAUUGUUUCCAAGAUACACGCCACCAUGGCUGCGUCAACACAGAGAGACGUGCAGAAUCACGUCUUGUUCGAGGUUGCGACCGAAGUCGCCAACAGAGUGGGAGGUAUCUACUCGGUCCUCAAGUCCAAGGCACAGGUCACUACCGCCGAGUAUGGCGCGGCCUACACACUCAUUGGGCCAUGGAAUAGAGCUUCGGCGGCUGUCGAAGUCGAACCAAUUGAGCCCAAGGACCCGGCCUUGAUUGCGACCAUGAAGUCCAUGGAUGAUCGCGGCAUCAAGAUGCUGUACGGCCGAUGGCUGAUUGACGGUGCCCCGCGCGUGCUCCUCUUCGACACCGGUACCGGCUACCGGUGGCUCGACGAGUGGAAGGGCGAUUUGUGGUCCUCGACUGGCAUCCCCUCGCCGCCGGGCGAUUCGGAGACCAACGAGGCCAUUGUCUUUGGCUACCUGAUUGCGUGGUUCUUGGGCGAGUAUGUCUUCCACGAGAAGAAGCGGGCUGUCAUUGUCCAAUUCCCCGAGUGGCUGGCUGGUGUGGCAGUUCCCCUGUGCAAGAAGCGCCGCAUUGAUGUAACCACCAUCUUCACCACCCACGCAACGCUGCUGGGUCGCUAUCUCUGCGCUGGCUCCGUUGACUUCUACAACAACCUGCAGUUCUUCGAUGUCGACGCAGAGGCGGGAAAGCGUGGCAUCUACCACCGCUACUGUAUCGAGCGCGCCGCUACGCACGCCGCCGAUGUCUUCACCACCGUCUCGCACAUCACUGCCUACGAAAGCGAGCAUCUCCUGAAGCGCAAGCCAGAUGGUGUCCUGCCCAACGGCCUCAACCAGCCCAAGGUCAAGAUCAACGACUUUGUCCGCGGACACUUCUACGGACACAACGACUUUGAUCCCGAGAACACGCUCUACUUCUUCACGGCUGGCCGCUACGAGUACCGCAAUAAGGGUGUGGACAUGUUUAUAGAGUCUUUGGCUCGGUUGAACCACAAGAUGAAGAGUGAAAACUCCAAGAUGACGGUGGUGGCUUUCAUCAUUCUGCCCGCGCAGACGACAUCGCUGUCUGUGGACUCGCUCAAGGGCCAGGCGGUCAUCAAGUCGCUGCACGACACGGUCAACAACAUUGCCGAAAAUGUGGCCAAGAAGCUGUUUGAGCGCUCGUUGACUUGGACAGAGGGAUCGGAGCUGCCAGAGGACAAGGAGCUGCUCUCGCCUGCCGACAAGAUUCUCCUCCGACGCCGGUUGUUCGCUAUGAAGCGCCACAACUUGCCCCCGAUUGUCACCCACAACAUGGCCAAUGACGCCGAGGACCCCGUGCUGAACCAGCUCCGCCGCUGCCAGCUGUUCAACCACCCCUCGGAUCGCGUCAAGGUUGUGUUCCACCCCGAGUUUCUGAACUCUGCCAACCCGGUUCUACCCCUCGACUACGAUGACUUUGUGCGCGGAACCCAUCUGGGCGUCUUUUCUUCGUACUACGAGCCAUGGGGCUACACGCCGGCCGAGUGUACCGUCAUGGGUGUGCCCAGCAUCACGACCAACCUGUCGGGUUUCGGCUGCUACAUGGAGGAGCUGAUUGAGAAUGCGCAAGACUACGGCAUCUACAUUGUGGACCGGCGGAUGAAGGGCGUGGACGAAUCCAUCAACCAGCUCGUCGACUACAUGUUUGACUUUACGACCAAGAGCAAGCGCCAGCGCAUCAACCAGCGCAACCGCACCGAGCGUCUCAGCGACCUGCUCGACUGGAAGCGCAUGGGCCUCGAGUACGUCAAGGCCCGCCAACUCGCCCUCCGCCGCGCCUACCCGGCUGCCUACGAGGAUGACGACGAGCCCGACUUUUUCGGCUCCCAGGACGUCAAGAUUUCCCGCCCGUUGUCCGAGCCGGGGUCGCCGCGGGAUCGGUCGGGCAUGAUGACGCCUGGGGAUUUUGCGUCGUUGCAGGAGGGUCGCGAGGGGUUGAGUACGGAGGAUUAUAUUGCGUGGAAGUUGCCUGAAGAGGAAGAGCCGGAUGACUUUAGCUUUCCGCUCACGCUCAAGACGAAGAGUAAGCCGAAUUCGGGCGCGAAUACGCCGACGCUGCCGGUGGCGGCGAAUGGGGCGGAUUAG